AUGGCUUCAACGGAAAUCUCAACUAUUCCCCAAAUGAUCGAAUCGCUAUCGGAGCUCCACAAAAAUCUCUCCACCGCCCUCGGGAAUCACACCGCCGGGGAUCAGAUCGAGGAGGAGCAUCAGACCCCCAAAUUCGAGAAAUUAUUGAACAGCAUCGAUCACUUAAAGGAGGCGUUGGAGACGACAAGGGAGCUCGAUAAGAAGCUCAAUGACCCAAUUCAGAGCAUAAAUACCUGUCUCGAGGAGGUUAUCAACAGCGUCGAAGCAGCUCAGAGAAUUGAAGGGAAUUUUCUUGAUGCCAUAAGUAAGGAUCUGAAAACGUUGAAGUUCCGGAUCCCUUCUUACCACAAAUUUUCGGUUCCAGCCCGUUUGAUUGAUAGGGGGAGUGACACGCCAGGGCAGAGUGAAUUCAAGUUGCCAAAUUUGCAUGACGACGAGGUGUUUGAUGAAAGUCCUGCUUUUAUAGAAAUUCAGGAAAUCUAUAAUGGCUUUACUGAUGAUCUUUUUAAAAAGUGUUUUUUGUAUUUUGCUGUGUUUCCUGACAAUGUUGUGUUAAAGAAGCGGUUUCUUACACAUUGGUGGAUUGGGGAAGGCCUACUGGACUCUUUAGAUAAUGGGGAUGAAACGCCUGAAGUUCUUGCUGGUAAGAUUCUUAAGGAAUUUGCAGAGAAGGGUUUGAUUGUGCCAGUGAUAGAAAAAGAAAAGAAGGUCAAAAGGAGAUUUAGAAUUCCCCCUCUUGUGCGUUCUGCUGCAAUUAAACUGGCCAAACAAAAGGAGUUUUUAGAUUAUGAUAUUGGGGACAACCCAACUGGGAAAUCUUCCGACUGUGAUAGGAUUUUUCUAGUGAAGGGGGGAGGCUCUCACCCACCGAAAGCCCCAACGAAGGACCGGAAUUUGGAAAAAACAAUGGAAGUAAUCUUCAAUGUUAGCCAACCUUUCCCUGAUUCUGCAUUGGAGUGGUUAGCGAAGGAAGGGGAAGUAGACAUGAGAACUGCCAAAGUUGUGGAAUGGUUGCGAAGGCUGAGAAACCUAAAGGUUCUUUACUUGGGGAGAUGGCAGAGUGCAGUUGAUGAGCAGCAUAUCGAAGUUGAAAGCCUUGAGUUCUUAAAAGGUUUGAAGAAAAUGAAAAAACUAAGGCUUUUGAGCCUCCAAGGGAUAUCCUGGAUCAAUAAGCUUCCAAAGUCCAUAAGAACAUUGAGUGAUCUCAGGGUUUUGGACUUGAAAUCUUGUUUCAAUCUUGAGAAAAUUCCUCAUAGCAUAGGAUCUCUCAAAAUGCUUACACAUCUAGAUGUCUCUGGGUGCUAUAUGCUCAAUGGGAUGCCCAAGAGUAUAUCUGCACUAACUGAAUUGAGAGUCUUGAAGGGGUUUGUCACAGGAAAGUCAAAUCUUAAUGAUCUAAAAGGCUUAAAGAAGCUGAGAAAGUUAAGCAUCAACACAAGCAGACAAGAUUUUCCUAAUGAAACCGAUCUAUGUGUUCUCCAAGGACUUGGGGAGCACGGUAAGCUUCGAAAUCUGACAAUCUCAUGGGGGGCAGAAGACGUGAAGCAACAAUCUUCGAGCGAACGGAACAUUAUACGACAGGUAUCUAAGAAGUUAAGCAAACAAUUAUCCAAGACAUUGACCAAACAAAGGAGUCAGUUUGGCUAUGAGAUCGUAGAAUUGCCAAAAGAGCUAGAGAAGCUUGAGAUGGAAUGUCUUCCAAAGGAAGAGCUACCCCCAUGGCUAAAUCCUUCAAAAUUGACAAACCUGAAGAGACUCUACAUUAGAGGAGGGAAACUAGCAGGGCUCGGGAACGAGACGUGGAAUGCGGAGGUUGUUCGUCUGAAAUACAUGGCAGAUCUGAAGAUAGAUUGGAGAGAACUUCAGAAAAUUCUUCCAAAUUUGAGUUACUUCCAGAGGGUAAAAUGUCCAAGAGUUACUUUUUGUCCCUGUGAUGCGAAUGGAGUUUGGAUGAAGCCAUAA